CCGACACUCUCUCCUCCUGCCCUCACUGCUCUCCACGCACACAAUCGAACACUCGCACAAAUGUCAAAGAUUAACGCCAUCGUCCACGACCUCCGCAGCGGCCUCGGCGCCAUUCGACUUCGCCCAGAUGUCAAGAAGGUUUCCCUGACCUUCUCACGACGCUCCGACAAUGCCGGCGCCAGAUACUUUCUGCGCGAGAACAUGCCCAGGCUCCAGUACAACAACCCCACGAUCCAAUUCGAGGUCAACAAGGUCCAGGAACCUGGCGUUAGCCCUGAGCUGAUCAUCGAAUUUGCCAACAACGAUACCAAAAAGAUCUCUUGCUCCAGGAUAAAAUCCAGUCAAAUCUGUAAAGAGUUCUUGAGCGCCACCACCGAGGGUUCAGCGUCAACAUCAUCAUCACCAUCAUCAUCAUCAGCAACAGCAUAAAGUGCAGGGUACAGGAACGCUGUGUAAGAUGGGUAGAAGAAAUACGCCGUACCCAACACCUCAGGAGCACACAACAGGAAACGAUAAAAUUCAAUAAACACGAGGAUCUUUUAUCCAGUCGGUCAAUGAUGCUCUUCGCGCACUUUAGCGGAAGCAGUUUGCGCAUCUUUGCGUAUCCCUUCGUCUGUUUCCGGAACACUGGUGUUCCGAAUUUUACAUGUAUUUCGCGCGUAACUUUUUCUAUAAUAUUGUAUUUAAAAGGUUUUUUUAUGCUACCGCUUUCCAUGCCCUUGAUGCAAAUUGAAAGGUAGUUUGUGCCUUGAUUCAUGCCUUUACAUUCCAGAUCCGUAAUACUUCAAUAGUGAGUAUUGACAAGCAAAGUCGCCCUCUCUAAAAUAAUACUCCGCACCCAAAAUUAAUGUAACAACUAAAAUUUCC